AUGCCGACGUACGUAAUCACCGGAGCGAGAGGCGGCAUCGGCCUAGAGUACGUAAACCAGCUGAGCAAAGACCGCUCCGCCACCACCGUCGCCCUGGUCCGCGAUAUCUCCGCCGACCUCACCUCGCUGAACGCGAUCAAAGCCGCCAGCAAAGGCGCAGUGCACAUCCUAGAAUGCGACAUCUCCUCAGAAGCGUCCAUCUCAGCGCUGACCGAUCGUGUCGCCGGCGUCCUCGGCUCCGACGACGCCAAGAUCGACGUUCUCAUCAACAACGCCGCCUUGCUGCAACUCCCCCAGCAGGAUGUGCUGACGCUCGAGGAGGAGGCGCUGUCGGCCCACAUGAGGAGCAACGUCCUCGGGCCCGCGCGUACCCUCCAAGCCCUCCUGCCGUUCUUUCGCGAUACCUCCGCGACUGGUCACACCGUCGUCGUGAACAUCACGUCUGGCGCGGGCAGCCUGGGCUGGGUCACGAAUGGCGUCUGUCCGCACGCCCUUACGCCGUACGCGGUCAGCAAGGCGGGGUUGAAUAUGCUUACGGUGCACCAGGCGAAGCAGCUGAGGGAUCGCGGCGUAGUCGUCGUGGCUGUGGAUCCUGGACACGUCAAGACGGAAGCCGGCGGUCCCGGCGCGACGGUUGAGGUUGAGGAUUCCGCGGGUGGUAUUUUGAGGCUGUUGGACGGGUUGAAGGUGGAGGAUAGCGGUAGGUUUUUCUUGUACAAUGGGACUGAGGUUCCGUGGUAG